AUGAUGCUCUGGCAACCAACAACCCUCCUCGCCGCCCUCCUGGCGAUGGCCCCCGCCGUCCAAGCCGGCAUCGGCGCCCUCAUCGUCGAAGGCAUGACGCGCGACUCGCCUGCCUACCACCGACGCAUGGAAGAGAUUAUGGGUUCCUACCUCCUGCGCCGGGGCUUUCUCGAAGAACGACAAGCAGAGCUGUCCGCCUCCUCGGUUGGGCAGGACCCCAUCUUCACCGCCGACGGCACCCUCAACAUGACCGCCUGGAACGCCCAAGUCAACGCCGCCUGCAUUUCCACACUCCGCCAGCUGAAACAGGCGAGUAACCCGUCGGGCACAUGCGUAUGCUACAAUCUGCCGGCGCUGGACAACUCGACGGGCGUGUUUGAGGCGGAUCUACGCUUGUUCAGAAUCAGUGAUGCGAGAGAUAGUUUCGCGGGGAUCGCGCCGGAAAAGAUUUCGGUGGGCUUGCGGUUUACAGGGGCUAAUGUUGGGGCUGCGAACCCUGAUCAGCCUGUGGCAGGUGCUUCACAAGCUUCGCAGGGAGCAGCGGCGGCGACUGCUGCUUCUACUUCUAGCCAGGCCGAGACUGCUUUGCCUUCUUCGGGCGCGGUUGGUGCUGCUUCCGUGGGAAGAGUAGGUGGAAGCGGCGAUGGCGAGGCGGCAAAUAAACUUGCCGCGAGACAGACGAUAGUGCAGGAUCUGCCGUCGAAUGGUGAUCCCACUCUGCUACAGCAGUAUUUGUUGGUGGGAAAGAUUGAUGCGGACAAGAUGACUGGUCAGAUGACUAUGGCCCAACUCCAACAUCUCCUCCUCCCCAUCGUCACCCUCUCCGGCGUCAACCCGCAAGGCGCCGCCGUCUCCACCAACAUCUCCUCCAACGAAGCGGCUUUUGUGGCUGGUGUCUUCAGCAAGGAAGUCGUCUUGUCGGAUUUUAACAGGGCCCAGCUGGCGGUCGAAGACGAGAUUGCUCGUCUCAAGAAUGGCACGACGGCGUUUGUGUUGCCUGGCGUGCAGAUUAUGAUCUUCCCGGUUGGCCUGGUGAUUACGAGUGUGUGGCUGGCGAUUGCCAUCGCGGCGUACGGCUACGGGACGUUUGUCAGGUACAAUUUUGCUGUGCAGUACAAGCAGAGGAGGGCAGUGGUGGAGAGGGGAGGAAUGGCGAGGAUUUGAGUGGUGUUUCUUGUGCUAAUUGAAGCUUGGAGUAAAAGGAGGCAAAUUGUGACGGUGGUGAUGAUGAUGGGUGUUUGGUGUCUCUUUUCUGUUUAUUGGAUAUCCAGCCAUAGGGCAAAUGGGAAGGGGGUUUGAAGCGGUCAUUCAUAUCAUGUUUCUUGGCCUUGCGCUUUUGGCUACCUCUACUAUCAGAUACCUAUGGGUCGCUUCUCUCUGCUUUCUACAUUAUCAAAAUAGCGAUUGUUUUUUUCCC